GUGAUGCUGAGCGGAAGAGCAGACAGGGAGGCUAAGGCACAGAGAGAGAACUGUGGGGUUUCCUUUUAAAUGUUUAGAUAUGGGAAGAGUGCAGAGCCGUAUGCUGGGGAGCAGAGGACCAGUGGUAAACAGUGAAACAAGGCGUUGACACAGUAGAGGUAUAAACUAGGAAGCUGUAGGGGCAGUGAGGUUCUGGACUGAGGCCCUGGUCUCUCUACUAACCUCAAGGGGACCAAGACGUAACCUGAAACUGGCCAACAGAUUUAUUUAUCUCCUCACUCUUCUCUCGACGUUGAGGCCGCGGGGCCAACCACAGAACCAUGGAGCCUGCCUAUACUGGGAUGUCACUGGAUAACACUACCUCAACAGUGAUGCCCAUGGCGACCUCCGCCGGCAACACCAAUGUGAGCAGAGAGCCGUACAUGCACCGCCUGGCCCAUCUAGACGAGGGUCUCUACAAUGACUUCUACAGCCUGUGGAUCUGUCUGGUGGUGGUCAACACACUCAUCUUCAUGGUGGGAAUGGUUCUCAACACCCUGGCCCUGUACGUGUUCUGCUUCCGCACCAAGCCCAAGACCACCUCAGUCAUCUACACCAUCAAUCUGGCUGUCACAGACCUACUGGUUAACCUCUCCCUGCCCACACGUAUCAUUCUCUACUACAGUGGAGGAAAGUGCCUCAACUGCUCCUACGUGCAUAUAUUCAGCUACUUUGUCAACAUGUACUGCAGCAUCCUCUUCCUCACCAGUAUAUGCGUGGACAGAUACCUGGCCAUAGUACAGGUUGAGGCCUCUAGGAAGUGGAGGAACCCUAACGUGGCCAAGGGGGUGUGCAUUUUCAUCUGGCUCUUCGCUAUCGUGGUCACCUACUCCUUCCUCACCACGGCGUUCCGACACGCGGGCUGCUGCGUCUCCAAGCUCUUCGUCCUGACCGUCUUCGAGUUCUUCCUCCCCUUGGUCGUCAUCGUGGUGUUCACCGUGCGCAUCAUGUGUGCCCUGUCCAACUCCAGUCUGAUGCAGCAGAGCAGAGAGAGGCGCGUGAGGGCCGUGCAGCUCCUCACCACUGUCCUGGUCAUCUUCACCAUCUGCUUCACCCCGUUCCACGUCAGGCAGGUGCUGGUGUACUUCUAUCCCGACAUGCCCCACCACGUCAUUGUCUACCACGUCACCGUCACCCUCAGCAGCCUGAACAGCUGCAUGGACCCCAUCGUCUACUGCUUCGUCACCAACAACUUCCAGUCCAGCAUGAGGGGCUUCUUCCGCAAGGCAGAGGCAGAGCUGGAGCAGACCAGUGGGAACAUCAUCAGCAUGCAGAAUAGCUCCAAGGGCUCGGGGACUGUCACGGCUAUCGCUCACAGUGUGAUGAUGAACGUCCUGUCCUCCUCCUCUCCCCAGCAUGGGAACCACAUAACGUUAGACUGAGAAAGGGAUGGGAAGAUUGAGGAAUGGGAUGUUCAGUGUUCAGAGAGAGAUGGACUUCUAUUGCCUAACUGUGAGACUCUGGAGUGCAAUUGACAGGCUAUCCUCCCAUUUGAGAAAAUGCUUUCCUGCUUAUACUAUUGUAGCCUAUUGUUGGCUUGGAGAUUUAAGUACUUGAAGACAUUUUCGGACAAGAAACGUUAUUUCUCCUGUGUUGGCCUACACCAGUCACGAUGGAGGGCAUUGACACUGAAUACGACCUAUAACGUGUUUAUUGCAGCUGUCAUACCAGCUGCUCCUGCAUGAUUUAUUUCUACUGUACAAUUAUCAUCUGAGGAGUAUUUGUUUACUUUGAUCCUAGAUCGUAUGGACCUCUGACAAAAUAGACAAGUAAUAUUCGACUGCAUUGCUAUGGAAACAAAUAUAAAUAUAUGAUAAAUAGCUUCUGUAGAUUCAUGUGUGACAUUGUUAUCACAAUACAUAUUUAUCGUCCGCCUUCUCAGAAACUGGUUUUAUGCAAAGCUUAUAUUACUGGCAAAUAUUACCAAACUAAUUGUCCAAAAACAUAUAGAAUAAAACAUACAAAACCUUA